AUGAGCAGCCCCGAUGCGGGCUACGCCAGCAGCGACGACCAGGCGCAGGGGCGGUGCUCGCUGCCCAUCAUGAUGCCGGCCGUGGGCCCCUGCCCGUGGGCAGAGUCGCUGAGCCCGCUGGGCGAGGCGAAGGCGAAGGGCGAGGCGGCGCCGUCGGGGGCGGCGGGCGGCCGGAGCAAGAGCGAGGCGCGGAUCCGGCGGCCCAUGAACGCCUUCAUGGUGUGGGCGAAGGACGAGCGCAAGCGGCUGGCGCAGCAGAACCCGGACCUGCACAACGCCGAGCUCAGCAAGAUGCUGGGUAAAUCGUGGAAGGCGCUGUCGCUGGCGGAGAAGCGUCCGUUCGUGGAGGAGGCGGAGCGGCUGCGGGUGCAGCACAUGCAGGACCACCCCAACUACAAGUACCGGCCGCGGCGGCGGAAGCAGGUGAAGCGCCUGAAGCGGGUGGAGAGCGGCUUCCUGCAGCACGGCCUGGCGGAGGCGGCGGGGCCCGGGCUGGGCGGCGAGGCCGCCGGCGGCGGCGGCGGCGGCAGGAUGUGCGUGGAGGGCCUGGGCCUGCCCUACGCCGAGCAGGGCUACGCGGCGGCGGCGGCGGCGGGCGCGGGCCACUACCGGGACUGUCCGCCGCUGGGCGCCGCCUUCGACGGCUACAGCCUGCCGACGCCGGACCCGUCGCCGCUGGACGCGGCGGAGAGCGAGGCGCCCUUCUUCGCGGCGGGGCUGCAGGAGGAGUGCGCGCUGGUGCCCUACGGGUACGCCCCGCACCCGGCGGCCGAGUACCCGCCGGCGGCGGCCGAGAGCCCGGCGGGCGCCGCGCUGCGCCGGCACCUGCCGCCCGGCGAGGCGCUGGGGCCGGGCGGCUCGCUGCAGGGGCUGCUGGGCUGCCCGGCGCCGCUGCACGCCUACUACGGGCAGGCGUGCCAGCCGCCGGGCCCGGGGCGCGGCCCGCCGCCGCCGCCGCCGCCGCUGCCGCCGGGGGCGGUGGGGCAGCCGUCGCCGCCGCCGGAGGCGGUGCCGUGCCGGGAGCAGCUGGAGCACUUGCCGCAGGAGGAGCUGCUGGGCGAGGUGGACCGCACCGAGUUCGAGCAGUACCUGCGCUUCGCCUGCAAGCCCGAGCUGGGGCUGCCCUUCGCGGGCCACGACGCCGCCGGGCUGCCGGCGCCCGAGGGCGCGGGGCCCGUCUCCUCGGCCGUGUCGGACGCCAGCACCGCCGUCUACUACUGCGGCUACCCCGACGUCUGCCCUUGCUGCGCCGGGGAAGGGGGUGGCAGCGGGGGAUAUCAGAUCUCCGCUGCGGAGAACGAGAGCAGUAAAUCAGGGUUCAAAGUAGGUGAAAAAUUUCGACACGAGCCUCUAAAGGGAGAGGCCGGCCAGGAGCAGCCCACUCGGGCACCCAACCACGGCGGCACCUUUAACCAAAACCUGCACCAUGCUCGGGAGAUAGCGUGUCUCCUGCCCAAAUAUUCGGCACCCAUCUCUCCAGCAUGCUCCAGACAGGGACAGCGGGCGCCGAUUCCCAGGUUAACCGGGCCGGUACGGAAGGCUCAGCCUACGGGUGGAGGAUCCACGGGGCGACCCGCCGCCGCCACCGCUCGCCCGGCAGCCUCCUGGCGGCAAAGCCCCGCGGUGGCUUCUCUGUCCCGCUGCCGAACAGCACGAACGGAGGGGCCGGGCGCCGGCAGCCGGCAGCAGCGAGCGGGGCCCGAGCGGCGAGCCCGUCCCGCCGCCCCGCCGGAGCUCUCGGCCUUGGCGGCGGCGGCGCGGCCCGAGAUGAGCAGCCCCGAUGCGGGCUACGCCAGCAGCGACGACCAGGCGCAGGGGCGGUGCUCGCUGCCCAUCAUGAUGCCGGCCGUGGGCCCCUGCCCGUGGGCAGAGUCGCUGAGCCCGCUGGGCGAGGCGAAGGCGAAGGGCGAGGCGGCGCCGUCGGGGGCGGCGGGCGGCCGGAGCAAGAGCGAGGCGCGGAUCCGGCGGCCCAUGAACGCCUUCAUGGUGUGGGCGAAGGACGAGCGCAAGCGGCUGGCGCAGCAGAACCCGGACCUGCACAACGCCGAGCUCAGCAAGAUGCUGGGUAAAUCGUGGAAGGCGCUGUCGCUGGCGGAGAAGCGUCCGUUCGUGGAGGAGGCGGAGCGGCUGCGGGUGCAGCACAUGCAGGACCACCCCAACUACAAGUACCGGCCGCGGCGGCGGAAGCAGGUGAAGCGCCUGAAGCGGGUGGAGAGCGGCUUCCUGCAGCACGGCCUGGCGGAGGCGGCGGGGCCCGGGCUGGGCGGCGAGGCCGCCGGCGGCGGCGGCGCGGCAGGAUGUGCGGAGGGCCUGGGCCUGCCCUACGCCGAGCAGGGCUACGCGGCGGCGGCGGCGGGCGCGGGCCACUACCGGGACUGUCCGCCGCUGGGCGCCGCCUUCGACGGCUACAGCCUGCCGACGCCGGACCCGUCGCCGCUGGACGCGGCGGAGAGCGAGGCGCCCUUCUUCGCGGCGGGGCUGCAGGAGGAGUGCGCGCUGGUGCCCUACGGGUACGCCCCGCACCCGGCGGCCGAGUACCCGCCGGCGGCGGCCGAGAGCCCGGCGGGCGCCGCGCUGCGCCGGCACCUGCCGCCCGGCGAGGCGCUGGGGCCGGGCGGCUCGCUGCAGGGGCUGCUGGGCUGCCCGGCGCCGCUGCACGCCUACUACGGGCAGGCGUGCCAGCCGCCGGGCCCGGGGCGCGGCCCGCCGCCGCCGCUGCCGCCGCCGCCGCUGCCGCCGGGGGCGGUGGGGCAGCCGUCGCCGCCGCCGGAGGCGGUGCCGUGCCGGGAGCAGCUGGAGCACUUGCCGCAGGAGGAGCUGCUGGGCGAGGUGGACCGCACCGAGUUCGAGCAGUACCUGCGCUUCGCCUGCAAGCCCGAGCUGGGGCUGCCCUUCGCGGGCCACGACGCCGCCGGGCUGCCGGCGCCCGAGGGCGCGGGGCCCGUCUCCUCGGCCGUGUCGGACGCCAGCACCGCCGUCUACUACUGCGGCUACCCCGACGUGUGAGGGACUCGCCCGGGGGCACGCGACGGACUGGCAGGGAGGCGCCCGGCCCCGCUCCUAUUUAUGUAAUUUAUUUGAAUCUUCUCGGGAGAGUUUCGCAAACCCCGCCUGGGCGGAAAUAUGCUACUAUUGUGCAGAUUAAAAGCAUGGUUCAAACUGUUUUUUGACUGCUGUGCCAGCAUGUUUACAUCUUUUUUACAUCCAUGCCCAAAAUUACUGUUAUUCUUGCAACAUCAACACGGUUACUUGUUUGCCCAGAACAUGUUUUUAUUAGCUGUUUUUAACUAUAUUUAUCCCUUUUUUUUUUUUUGUACUUCAGGAAAAUAAAUUUAUGUACAGCUG